AUGCCCUUUUACAGCCAAAAAGUAAACAAAUAGAUCGGUUUAUGUGAUUUUUAAAUUAUAAAAUGCAUAGGACAAGGCGGUUUUUCGCGCGUAUAUUUAGUUUAAAAAAAAGAUAAUGGAUAAAUGUAUGCUUUGAAAUUAAUUGAAAAGGGUUUUAUAAUCGAAAAUAAGAAAGAAAUAGUGGUUUAAAACGAAAGAAAUAUAAUGAUAAAUAUACUAGGUUUACCUUUUUUAUUAAAAGUGGAAUUUUGUUUCGAAAAUAAACAUUUUUUAGGCUUUAUUAUGGAGUAUUGCCCAGGUGGAGAGUUAUUUUAUCAUUUAAGAAAAAUUAAAAGAAUGAAUGAAUAUAUGGCAAAAUUUUAUUUUGUAGAAAUUUGUUAAGGAAUAUAGUUUUUGCAUUAAAAGAAUAUUAUAUAUAGAGAUAUAAAACCUGAAAAUAUAUUACUUGAUAUCGAAGGGCAUAUAUGCAUAGGUGAUUUUGGUUUAUCUAAGCCUAAUAUGGACAAAAAUUAAUUUGCUUAUAGUUUUUGUGGAUCACCAGAAUAUAUGGCUCCUGAAAUGCUUUUGAAAGUAGGACAUUCAUAUCCAGUAGAUUAUUAUUGUUUAGGUGCUUUAUUAUAUGAACUUGUAACAGGUUUACCUCCAUAUUAUAGUCAUAAUACAAAUGAAAUAUAUUAAAGAAUAUUAAAUGAAGAAUUAGAAUUUCCUUCUAAUAUUUAAAUAUCUUCCGAUUUGAAAGAUUUAUUAUAAAAAUUAUUAUCUAAGCACCCUUUUGGUCGUAUAGGAACAAUUGAUGGAAUAAAAGAAAUUUUAAAUCAUAAUUGGUUUAAAAAUAUUAAUAUUAAUAGUAUAAUAUAGAAAAAAAUAUAACCUCCUUUAAAGCCUAAUAUACUGGGUUUCAAUUUUGAUGAAGAAGAAUUUAUAAAGGGAGAAAAGUAAUUUAAAAAAAAAAUUAUAGACUGUCUAUAAAACAAAUAUUAGAAGGAAUUUCCGUUUAUUUUUAAAUAAUUUUAUUUUGAUGCUUCUUAUAAAUAAAAUAAUAUGAGUAGCACACCUUUAUUGACUAAAAAAUAAAUGAA